AUGGGCGAGCACCUCUCCGGCCUGGACCUGGCGAUCACCGCGGCGUCCCUCCUGGGCGUGUUCGCCAUCGCCUACUACAGCACCGUCAGGCAGAAGCGGGCGGCCAACGACGGCUCAGGCAGGGCCGAUGGCUUCUUCCUGGCGGGCAGGGCGAUGCCCUGGUGGAUCAUCGCUGCGUCGCUGUUCGCGUCCAACAUAGGGACGGAGCAUUUUGUUGGCCAAGCCGGUGCUGGGGCGCAGCAUGGCAUGGCAGUUGGCCUGUAUGACUGGAUGGCUGCCUAUCUCAUCCUUGCACUUGGCUGGGUAUUUGCACCAGUCUACCUUCGCUGCAAACUCACAACUAUUCCUGAAUUCCUGGAGGCAAGGUUCAACAAAUGGUGCAGGGGUUUGUUCGUCAUGAUCACAUUGGUAGCCUACGUCAUAUCCAAAAUCGGUGGCUCACUGUUUGCGGGCAGCAUCGUACUGGAGGUCGUGGCUGGGCUCAAUCUGUGGCAGGCAGCACCCCUUAUCCUGGUUGCCACGGCGAUCUACACUUUGGCGGGGGGCCUCACGGCUGUCAUGCUCACUGAUACACUUCAGAUGUGCAUUUUCCUGUUUGGCGGCCUCAUAGGGUCCUAUUAUGCCUUGAACCUGGUUGGGGGUAUCUCUGGUCUGUUCUCCACACUUGGCAAUGUGCGAGGUGGAUCGUUGAGUCAACUUGAGCAUGCCCUAAGGCCGCCAAAUGACAGGCUAUUUCCCUGGCCAGGGAUGCUGCUGGGCAUACCGGUGGUCAGUGUCUGGUACUGGUGCGUUGACCAGGAGAUGGCCCAGCGGGUGCUCAGUGCUGCGAAUUUGGAACAAGCACAAAUGGGCACUGCACUGGCUGCCCUCAUGAAGUCCAUCCCUGUCUUUAUUACAGUUGUCCCUGGAAUGGUCGCACGUGCACUAUUUGAGGCAUGCAACGAUCCUUCGGCUGGGAAAGUACAUGAGGAAUGGUGCGACAAGCGUGUAGAUGUGGAGUAUGGCGCCAACAGAGCUUAUCCCAACUUGGUGAUGCUGCAAUUUCCAUCAGGCGUCAAGGGCAUCAUGUUAGCCUCUUUUUUGGCAGCGAUGAUGUCUUCCCUUUCAUCAGUCUUCAAUUCAGCAUCAACGAUCUUUACCUAUGAUGUGUACCAAAGGUUCUUCCUGCCUGAAGGAGAAACGCCUGCACACAAGCUUGUCUUUGUCGGGCGCGCAACGACUGUGGGUCUCACUGUGCUGAGCUUCAUGUGGCUGCCCGUUCUCCAACACAGCAGCGAUGGCCUGUACGUGGUCAUCCAGAAGGCCAUGAACCAUCUGGCCCCUCCCGUAUCAGCCACCUUUGUGCUUGGGCUCUUCUGGAGCCGUGCCAAUGGGGAAGGCGCCCUGGCAGGCCUGGCCUCGGGGACCCUCAUUGGUGGGGUGCGCCUCGUGUUUAGUCUUGCUGCUAGGGCUGAGUGCAGUGACCACGUUGAUGAAAAUGAAGGGCAGCACCUCACGUCAUCAGACUGGCUCGUGUGCAUGAACUUCAACUACUUCGCCCUCGUCCUUUUUGCGUUCACGACUUUUGUAAUCGUGACCGUGAGCUUCAUUUUCCCGCCUCCAAGGCCAAAUCAAAUCGCAGGUCGAAUGGUCCAAUGGGGUUGCUGCAAUAAGCAUUCUGGCGACCCGUCAGAUGUCGGCAGGAAUGUGAGAUACGAUCGCUUCACAGCUGCCGAAGCACCGCCGACUAUCGGGGAGAAUCCCAUUGAUGGAACGAUACCAAAUGGCCACGGCAAAAGGUCGCCGCGAGUUGAUGACGAAGUGGCUCCCUUUGAUGGCGUAAUCAUGAUGGAGGAAUCGAUGUCGGAGCUGUCCCUGUCGAAGCGAGCAUCCGGAGCCCAGAAGGUACUUGUUAGAAUCCAAGCGGCGCUGUCCGGACGGCAGCAGCUGAUAGCCAACGUCAUGGCCGCUGGGGUUGUGUGUACAAUUAGCUCGUUGAUAAUCGCCUACCGCUGA